UCGUAACUGCCCUGGAAUCUGGCACCGCUCGUUAACCUUCACGUCACUACAACACUUUUUAUUCCAUUAGAAUAUAAGACUGUCGGUGUGCCAAUCAUGGAGUACCUCACACUUCAUGAUAUCCCGCAGCGCCAUUGCAACCCCGUACAUUCACACAGAAUGGCUUCGCAGUCAGAUGAAAGGCCGGCGGCACACAUGGUAGCGGUAUGUGAUAUCUUUUCCUUUGACUGUACAUCAACCCCCGGCACGGUUCGGUUGUUCCUUCCUCCACACACACAUCGUGCAAGCUAUGUGUUUGCCUCCCGCCGCAGAGAGACAGCAGCGCAGGCGCGAACCCUCCCGACGAGGGAAAUCGUGCUACCUGAACUUUCUUCUGUCUCCCCUCCUACUCCGCCAUAUCUACCGGGCACAUUCCCCUCUCACACUUUCCUCGAGGUGGAGAUGGAGAAGAACAAGCCGGGCCCCGACUGCACCCCUGACCCUACCAUUGCAGCCGCUCUUAAAUGCAGUGAUGCAGUGCACGAUGAAUACGUCGAUUGGUGCAAUACUAAGACAGCAUCACAGAACCACCUGCAACGCAGUUCACCACCGCUACAGCCCGGCGAGCAAAACUUCCCAGGGAAACUCCCUUCGUUUGACGAGUUUGUCCAAACAACAAUUGAGAGGACCCCACCACGCACACCAUCACGGAGGAAUGAGUCUACGGAGAAUUCCCCGCAUGUGCGCCCUCAGUUCGAUGACGUAACAUGGUCAGACAGCAAGCGUAGGCGCGUCGACACAUUGGGCGAUAUCUACGCUCGUCCCUCGAAUGCUGCAGAGUACCCGCCCGCUGAGUCUCGUCGUGUGAGCUCUGCUAUUGACCCUGCUCUGUACCAUACGGGUCCAGCUCGUGCUAGGCAACAAUCGGCAGGCCCCAGCCAUCACCGUCCAAGCUUGCCUUACCCUCCUCCUGCAUCGGCACCACAGCACGCCCGCCAUCAGUCCCAGCCAGUCGCUCAAGGCCAUGUCCCUUAUCAACAGCCCCACAUGCAAGCACACAGGGUGGUCGUCCAAGGAUCAUAUGCGCAGCCUCCUCAACCUGGGAUGAUGUACGAUCGCAGACAAAGCUAUUACCAGGAUCCUCACAUCCAGCAUCACGCCUACCCGUAUGAUGAUCGUCGCGAGUCAGUGUACUACGCCAAUCCGCAAUAUGCUGCUCAACCCACUGCGGGAUACGAAUCGGGGGUCUACUAUGACGUUCGAUUCCAGCAACAUGUCGGCGUCGACCACAACGCCUUCAACCGCAAGCGACGUGGCAACCUCCCGAAGGAGGCUACCAACGUCCUGAAGGAUUGGUUCGCUGCGAAUAGGCAAUCCCCAUACCCCACCGAGGACCAAAAAUUAGAGCUUUGCCGAGUGACAAGUCUGUCCCUGAACCAGGUAAGUCUCAGCCCUGUCGCCUCUCGGGUGUCUUAAUAUCUCAACAAUCAACUUCUUUCGAAAGAGACUGACGAAAU